AUGUCUUCGUCUUCCAAGACACGGCACUCCAUAGUCCCUCCUGUCGUCCACACUGGCCCGAAGCCGCCAGUCCAUUUUACGUCGUCCAUCUCCAUUGCCGACUCUGCGAUUCUCAUUGGAACAGGCUUGAUCACAAUUCACUCGGAGAGCGUGAUUCACCCGCGCGCCAAACUAGACUCAACACUUGGACGCGUCAGCGUUGGACGGCGGUGUAUCAUCCACGAGCGGGCAACACUCGGUGCUGUGCCAACCCCUCCUCCCCCCAGUAUGCCAAUCGUCCGUGGAGGAGAGGGUAUGAGCGUGGCGCUGGGGGAUUAUGUUAUCGUGGAGGUGGGCGCCACGGUGGAGGGAGGGGAAACGGUGAUCGCGGAGGGGACCCUAAUCGGAGUAGGGGCCAGAGUUGGGGCUGGGGCAAAGAUUGGGAGACAUUGCACACUUACGCCAAUGAGCGAGAUCGCGGCCGGCGAGAUGUUGCCAGACUUCACUGUUGUCUACUCCAACGGCUUGAGAAGAACUGACAAUCGCGGCAUGACAGAAUUGAAGAACAAAGGCAUCACACGACAGAUUGAUGUGUUGAGGAGGAUGAUAAAAAGCAAUCCACAAAAGUUUGCUUAA